AUGUUCACCAUCAUCGCCGACGCUCUCAGCAGGUUCCUCGACGCUUCAGAAACAAUCAGCCAACAAUACAGAAUGAAAAGCAUACUCAAGACAGCCCGUCUGGCACUCCCAAGGGUACUAGCCCUGACCUCUCUGGCGACUGCCACCACCACCGGCCGAUGCACUACCGACGAAGACUGUAGCCUCAACGGCAUCUGUAACACCCGCUGCGGCACCUGCGCGUGCGAUGCAGGCUGGACCGCCGGUGACUGCGGCGUGCUGGAUAUCCGCCCGGCGAAGCGGCACAGCGGCUACAACCGCACCGCCGAGGACACGUCCUCCUGGGGCUCACGCAUCAUGCAAGAUCCUAAAGAUCACGGCUUGCAUCACCUAUUUGCCGCCGAGUUUGCGCACGGGUGCGGCUUGGACUACUGGGCGCCGUACUCGCGCAUCGUCCGCGCCGAGUCGCGUCAUGGUCCCGCGGGUCCAUAUGCCUUUGCAGAUGAGGUCGCCGGUACCUUUGCGCAUAACCCAACGGUGGUGUACAGUCCCGCGGACGAGGAGUACCUCAUGUACUAUAUUGGCUGCGAAACCGAAGUCGCGCCGCAGUGCACUAGCAAGCAGUUUACUUGCGGCCCGGGGAAUCAGAACAAUGGCGAGAGUGGCAUCUCGCUCAAGGCGAGCAAGGACUUGAAGUCGUGGAUGGACGUAGGACAGGUCUUCCAGGGAAAGGAUAACAAGGACUGGGACGCCGAUGUGACGAAUCCUUCCGCGUUUCCACUAUACUCGGACGCCGGCGACAAGACGGACGCAAUCCUGCUGGCGUACCGUGGAUGCCCGUACGACUGCGGCGGCAGCGAGCAGGUCAACAUUGCCUUGGCCAAGGACGGGUACAAGGGACCGUACAGCAAGAUGCAGCAAGACCCUAUCUUCAGCCAGGGCAACGAGGAUCCUUUUAUCUGGCGUGACAAGCGUGGCCACUGGCACAUCUUGAUGCACUCGCUCGAAGCGGAGGGCGGGUUCGGCGACGGGCCCAAAGUUGGCCGACACGCCUACGCGAGGAAUUACACUGGUCCGUGGACAUUUUCAGAGCGGUCGCUGGCAUUCAACACAACCGUGCACUAUGAUGAUGGAAGCACAAUCAAGUUCUUUCGGCGCGAGCGUCCGCAGCUCAUGUUCUCGACAGACGGAAAGAUGACACCGUUGCUGCUGACGACAGGCGUGCAGCCGCGCAAUAGCCCAAUGAGCUAUACUGCCAUUGUGCCUAUCGGUGAUGCCGGUGUCAGGGCCCAGUAA